AAUUUUUAUAAUUUAUUUUCCGAAUUUCUCGAUUCCCUAUCGAUUUUCACGCGAUUUUUUGCAUUGCAGAUGUCAGAUUCAGAUGACAGUGACUAUUCGCAAAUAGAACACCCUCGGAUUUCGUCAAGGUCUCGUAGCCCGCCGGUCAGUGGUCAAGAGCAAAACUUGGAGGAUGAAGGAUUUACUACAGAAUGCGACAACAAUCCCGACUCUGUAGACCGAAAGUUCGCUGGAUUACUGGAUCGCAUGGAGCUUGAGAAGAAACAUUACGAUAUGAUUAAUGAGAGAAUCGUUGAUGACGUUACUAUGGAUCAAUUCUACAAACCGCACAGCAUCACCGUCCUUGUGCUCGUCAUCGCGCUCCUUAUCUACAAAGCCACUUUUGGAAAAGCCGAAAAUUCCACCGAAAAAAACUAUUACGACGGUUUUCUCGGCGCCGGAGCACUUUUCCUGCUCAUAAGUGCCUUGACGUUCCCGAAUGGACCAUUUAUCCGCCCUCAUCCGAUCCUUUGGCGUGUCAUUUUUGGACUUUCUGUUAUAUAUGUCAUUGUGCUGCAAUUCGCACUUUUUCAGAGUUUUGACGAUUUGAAAAAGAUUCUAACUUGGCUCGACUCGGAAGGUCUCGGACAAAAAUCGCUGGAAGAGAAGGAAUACGCGUCGGAAUGCUGGAAUUUGUCGCCGGCGAAAAUCUGGAGCCACGUGGAUUUUUUCGCGUUCGCCCAUUUUACCGGAUGGAUUAUGAAGACGUUGUUGUUACGUCAUUGGGUUCUCUGCUGGUUUUUAUCAAUUAUUUGGGAAUUUACAGAGCUAAUGUUCAUCGAUUUGCUGCCGAAUUUCGCCGAAUGCUGGUGGGAUUCUCUGAUUUUGGACGUUCUUCUGUGCAAUGGAGUUGGAAUUUAUGUGGGCAUGAAACUGUGUAACUUCUUGCAAAUGCGACAAUUCCACUGGGAAAGUAUUCGAAACAUCAAAUCGCGUCGCGGAAAAAUGAAGAGAUUCGCGUUGCAGUUCACGCCGGCCAGCUGGAGCGGAUACGAUUGGUACAACAGCAAAUCCAAAGCAAAUGCGCUCCGUCGCACCUGUUUGCUCAGUUUUCUCGUCUUUUUCUGGCUGCUCGCCGAGCUCAACACAUUCUUCAUCAAGCACGUCUUCGCGAUCGACACAAAGCAUCCAGUGGUGUUCUGGCGGAUUAUUCUGAUCGCCGUGAUCGCCGCGCCGACCAUUAGACAAUUCUACGUGUUCUCGACGGAUCCAUUAACUCGACGCGUUGGCAUGCAAUCGUGGGUAUUCGUAGUGAUUUGUGUGCUGGAAUUGGCAAUUUGUGUCAAGUGUGGCGGAAUAAUGUUCGCCAAGACGUCCGGCUGGAAUAUGUUGCUCUGGGCGAUGUCUAUUAUAAUUGGAACAAUCUCGUGUAUUCUCGCAUCCACUUGGUACGCCGAACACUUUGGAACGACCGCCCGUGUGCUUGUGAAGGGUCGCCGCCGUCUGUGCUACCUGGAAUCCUCGCACGAAAAUCUCGGAAUGCUCCAGGAUGACGUCAUAAAGAAGCGAGAGGAGUAUCUGACGCCGAAGAGAUCUUAGUCUGUUUUUUGUUGUUUUUGUUGUUAAAAUGUUUUUCAAAGUUAAAAAAUAAAUUUCACAGGAAGAUCAUAA